UUUUUCUCACUCCCGCUAUGUGAGAGCGGUCUCAGGCAUUCACUAAAUGAGAAAUAAUGAACACAACAAUAGGUAUUGUCAAUGCUAUGGAUUGCUGGAGAAAUCGUGGACGGAAAUAUUUCCUAGGUCGAGACGAUGUUCUCCAAUCAAGCGUGACAAGUUAGAGCCCAAGCAAAUCAGAUACGAGUUUACUCUCUUGACUUCAAUAGAAUCAUAUGAUUUGGAAAUGUCCUCCCCGCAAGUGACUGCUACAGAUACAGGUGCUAUUUACCACGAAUUAACACCAAAAUUAGUAUGGAUUGUAAGGCUGAUCAAUGUUGCUACUCUAUGCAUGAUGGUUAUAGCUGUUAUUCUAUGUUUCGUGCAAGGACAUAAAAAUGGCUCAUUCUAUUUGUUGGUUUGCAACUUGAUAAUAAGUGCUAUCGUUUGUGGAGUAGUGAACUGGUGGUACAAAAGUGGUGAUUUGGGCAGUGAAAAAUACUGGUUUGUCAUCUUGGUUGCCGUGGUGAUUUUUUUUCAGUGUAUAAGCACUGAUGUAUUUGUAUUCAAAGAGGAGCCACCUCCAGCAAUGACAACAACACCCUCACCACACACAUUGAACUGGACCACCAUGUUGCCUCCAUCAACACGCCAGGCUUUUCAAAAUCUUAUCAAACAAUAGCAGUUGCACUGUUAGUGUGCACACUGGCAACUACCAAAACAUGCCUUUCAUAACAGUAUUAGUGCUUAUGCAUUGUGCAAUAUUUACAAUUUUUAUUUAUUUAAAUAAUUUCUUACAGAUGAAAAAAAAUGCAAUUCUAAAUUUUAUUAGAAAAUGUAUCUUAAAUAUGAUCUUUUUCUUUAUAUUUAAAAUUCAUAAUCCAAAGAUGUUACAUACCAGCUUAAAAAUGUAAAUAAGCAUUAAUUAACUUCUUUUACUUUGUCAGACAGCCCUUAUUUUAUUUGUCCAUUAGAAGCUCAUUUGACUAAAAGACCCUGUUUAUUGUUUUACAUAUUAUUUGCCAUAUUCCAUUUUGCAGUGCUUUAGCAGAAAUGAGGUGAAAAAUUCCAUGUUUUUAGGUGUAAUCAUACAAUUUCUACCAUAUAAUUUUCUAGUUCAGUGUAUGUUAUUUUUUAUCAUUUUUAAAAUGUCUUGAGUUAAGAAUUACAACUAAAUCAAAACUAUUUUAUAUUAAUUUAAAUCAUUUUUGCUGUGAAUAAAAAAAUAUGCA